AUUAACUUCAUAGUACGGACCUGGAUUACGUCGAAAUCGAAUCGAUAGCUCGAACGGAAGACAAAUCAACGAAAUCAACCGAACGGGUCAAGUCGAGUCAAAAUGCGAAAUCGACCAAUCAAUCCGGCGUGGAGGUUAAUCUGCCGGCGAUAUCAACUCGGGGCAGCGGCCGGAUGCGGCGACGGUGACGGACGCCGGCGACAAUGGCGUAGCGGCAGCUCGACGGCGGGGAGCAGCGACUGGCGGCGCUGCACUCGACGGCGGUGCUGCACUCGACGGCGGCGGAUGGCCGCUGUGCAAAGGGCGACGGCGGUGCUCGAUUCCGGCGAAGGCAAAGCAGCGGCUGGAAGCUCGGCGACGGCGGCUGAAGGCUCGGCGACGCUGAGCGGCGGCUAUUGGCGAAGGAAGCAGCGACGGCGCUGCAAUCGACGGCGGCGAUGAGCGACCGGCGCUGGCAGUGGAGGCGACGGACUUCCGGCGAAGGAUGGGCAGCGACUGGCUUCCGGCGAGGCUCUGGCUUGCGCGACGCCGGCGUGGUCGAACGGUAGAGGACGACCGGCGCUGGCUGCUGCAAUUGGACAGCGACGACUGGCGGCUAGCUCACGGCGGCGCUGCACCAGUCGGCGAUGAUGGCGGCGAGGCUGGGGAAGGCGACGGCGGCUCCAAUUGGACGGCGAACGACCGGCUGGGGAACUUCCG